CGAUGACUGCCACUCGAGAGCGGCAUUGAUAGAACUUUUCCGAUGCGCACAAAUAAUGCUCACUGUACACCACGGUCAAUUCGUCAAAUGAUCUUCACUGUCAGUUGUCUUUACAUUUGUUUCUCUGUUACUGACCAACACUGGAGAAUAUAGUUUCGGAAAAGCUCUAGUUCAAACUAUGAAAAAACGGAAAAUAAGCACAUCAAAGAAAUGGCUUUCUCUGUGCUUCUAUCUACCGAUCUCCAUACUGUUGCUUGAGCAUCUUGUUGGUAUCUUUCGCUUCCGUAAACAAUCAGAAUUUCAGGGUCUAACAUUUGAUCAAGCUUUUCUUAUAAACGCUACAGGCCAUACUGGAUUAACGAAAGCCAAACAGCCUUACAGGAAAAGACCACUUCAGGAGCUUACGCUGGACAACACGAAAGACAGCACGACGCUCUGUGACCCCGAUCUGGUCUAUAUUUUCGAUACCGAAUUUCCUUCGUCACACGCAUCAAACGACAGAAAAAUUCCAAGAAUAGUUCAUCAAACCUCCAGAUCGCGGUGCUUGACACCAAAUUUGGCCAAAACAACGCAACAGUGGCAAUGGGAUGGAUGGUCUUACUAUUUUCACGACGACGACGCGCUCUGGAGAUUGUUCGAACAGGAAUUUCCCAACUUUCCAUUAUUGGAGACUAUCGCUCGAAAAUGCCUCCUUCAUGGUACACUCAAAGCUGACCUUUGGCGGUAUCUCGUUCUGUGGGUCUACGGAGGCCUAUAUGCCGAUUUGGACUCCGUUCCGAAUAAGCUGUCGCCAAAUAGCAUUCGUCCCAGCGACGACGCUUUCUUUGUCGUUGAACAAUACCAUUUGCUGUCGCAAUAUUUUAUGGCCACAUCACCAAGGCAUCCACUUAUGUGGUACGCAUUUCAGCAAGCGUUGGCGAACUUGUGGAUGGCUCCGGAUACCGGUUCCAUCAAUGCCGCCUUUAUCACAGGCCCUCACUCAUUGCACGCAGCCUUCGUCUUUUUCCGUAAGGAUGUAGGCGUUGCAAUCGAACCGGCCAAACCAGGCUUUAAACCCGUAAGGUCUGGUCAUUUUCUUGGGACUUGGAAUAGAUCUGUCACUGUUAUCGGAGUCGGCGAGAAUCAAAACGAGUACGUUGAUCGCGAUGUGAUUAGGCUCAAGCGAAGAGAGUAUAGUAGAUUGGGAAUGCGUCACUUUCAGGAUGAUGUGAAGAGAGCUAGUGGGGAGUCUUGCCUACGGGGUAUACUCUCACUGUACGAAGAAGCAACGGGCGCAUCGCUCGGAUUCUUUUGA